GUGUGAAAGUCCGCGUUGUUGUGGAGUGGUGCGCAUACUAAAUACCGGUACCCGGAGUUUGGCGAGGUAAGCGACGUCAACACUGAGGAGCGGCGGCCAGCGUGACUUGAGGUUUCAUUGAUGUUGCAUUACAUCGCCUGAGUCUGUAUCUCCUUAUCCUCUCUGCCUCUGCUGCAGCAACAUACAGGAGACCGUAGAACACUUAUUGCUGUAGUGUCCACGCUUCCAGUUACGCAGUGCCCUACAACUCUACCAACUCAUAUACUGGGCACCACGACCUUUGACUUGCUUUCCCUGCUGGCGGGGGCAGCGUCCACCCCUCACAACAGUUUGCAUCAGGAAUAAAUAAGAGUGCAGUGCAGUGUCAAGAUCAUCACAAUGUUGGUUCAUACCUGCACCAAGGACUCACUGCCCAGCCUCAGGGAUUUUACCUUGAUUUUGCCGUCAGUGAGUGUUGGCAACGCUGGACAGCUGGCAGUGGACCUGCUCAUCACCAACCUGCCAUGUGAGAAGGUGGCAGUCGUGCACCAUGCAGCACUGUACCCAUUGGUGGGAGGCAACCCAUAUGACCCCAACAGCCAGGAGAUCACUACCAGUGCUGACUUGUACCUCAUGGCUUCUCAAUCCUUGGCUGUGCUUCAGAUCCGGGCACCACUAAUCAGGACAGAACGGCAUGCAUUCCUGACAGAGCUGACAGACUGGAGCAAGGCUGCUGGGAUCCGGGAGAUAGUGAUGUUGGCAUCCUGCAAUGCUUAUGAGCGCUGGGACAACAGCCAGAUGACUGGCCCACAGCUGCGUUACCUCACUUCUGGAACACCACAGCAGAACAUUAAGGAUCUUACGUCUGCUGGGGCUUUGGAACUCGAGAAACGCACAGAUGAACAUGGAAUUCAGCAGCCUUUCUUGUCAGGAGCUGGAUUUGUGAAACACUUUAUGGAAAUCUGUGACCUACCCACCACUGUGCUCAUCAAGUUUGUGGAGGAGGGAGACAACACAAUGGAUGCUGUGAUGCUUCUCAGUUUUCUUAGCUCCUGGAAGAAGCUGGUUAAGGGAAAAAACACAGCAUGGAAGAUGCCUUUCUCCUGGAAAAACAUGUAUGGCAGACCAACACCAAGGGAAAUCUAUUGAUUUACUCACUUGGAAGACCAUGGUUUGUCUUUGUAAGUGAUGCUGGGAUUUGUUAAUUACUUUUCCAGCAAAAUAUGUCUUAAAGCUUGUGUUAUGGCAACAGGCAUUGUGGCCAGGAACUGUAUGAUCAUUUGUUUGUGGACAGCCUCUGUUGCAUUAGUGGUACAGAGAGAGAGAGAGAGAGAGAGAGAGAGAGAGAGAGAGAGAGAGAGAGAGAGAUACCGUUCUCUACCAUCUUGUAAUCCAUGGGGAUAACAGUUGAUUACAGAAAUAAUGUUACAUCAAGGUAUGGUAGCUUUAUAAGUACUAAAUAGUACAGAUAAAUUGUGGGGCUGAUUAUUACUCUGCUUUUGGGUACACCACACCCUGGUGGUCAUGGAGGCUGUGUUUCUCUCUCUCUCUCUCUCUCUCUCUCUCUCUCUCUCUCUCUCUCUCUCUCUCUCUCUCUCUCUCUCUCUCUGUCUCUCUCUGUCUCUCUCUCUCUCUGGGAAAGUCAAAUCCAACAAAGUGGGGUUUUGAGUUAUUUGGCAUUUGAAACAUUACCUCAGCUUGAAUUUCUUUAUUGUUGUGAGAGCGAAUCCAAAACAAUCUGUUUUCAGAUAUUUUAGUUUCUAUGUUUAUUUACUUUUAAUAUCUUGGUAACUAAUUUCAUGAACAUAAUUGUUUUUCUAAGCAAUACAUGCAAUUGAUUUUUUUUUUUUUUUCCACUAUGGAAGCAUGUAUUACAAAUAAAUUGUUACUUUUU